AUGUGCCCCGGUGCCGACCCCGAGCCCAAUGGGCAAGCCAAUGGUGCUAACGGUGAAAACCACGAAGGUUUCACUGGCAUUGAGACUCGUCAGAACCCCCACCCCUCCGCCUCCCGCAACCCCUACGGCCACAACGUCGGCGUCACCGAUUUCCUGAGCAACGUUUCCCGUUUCCAGAUCAUCGAGUCUACUCUGCGUGAGGGUGAGCAGUUUGCCAAUGCCUUCUUCGACACCGAGAAGAAGAUCGAGAUCGCCAAGGCUCUCGAUGAGUUCGGUGUGGACUACAUCGAGCUCACUUCCCCCUGUGCUUCUGAGCAGUCCCGCGCCGACUGCGAGGCCAUCUGCAAGCUCGGCCUGAAGGCUAAGAUCCUCACUCACAUUCGUUGCCACAUGGACGAUGCCCGCAUCGCCGUUGAGACCGGUGUUGACGGAGUCGAUGUUGUCAUUGGUACCUCUUCCUACCUCCGUGAGCACUCUCACGGUAAGGACAUGACCUACAUCAAGAACGCCGCCAUCGAGGUCAUUGAGUUUGUCAAGUCCAAGGGCAUUGAGAUCCGUUUCUCCAGUGAGGACUCCUUCCGUUCCGACCUGGUUGACCUUUUGUCUAUCUACUCCGCCGUCGACAAGGUUGGCGUGAACCGUGUUGGUAUCGCCGACACCGUCGGUUGCGCCUCUCCCCGCCAGGUCUACGAGCUCGUCCGUGUCCUGCGUGGUGUUGUUGGCUGUGACAUCGAGACUCACUUCCACAACGACACUGGUUGUGCCAUUGCCAACGCUUACUGUGCCCUCGAGGCUGGUGCCACCCACAUCGAUACCUCCGUUCUCGGAAUCGGUGAGCGUAACGGUAUCACCCCUCUCGGUGGUCUGAUGGCCCGCAUGAUGGUCGCGGACCCCGAGUACGUCAAGGGCAAGUACCGCCUCGAGAAGCUCAAGGAGAUUGAGGAUCUUGUUGCCGAGGCCGUCGAGGUCAACAUUCCCUUCAACAACUACAUCACCGGUUUCUGUGCCUUCACUCACAAGGCUGGUAUCCACGCCAAGGCUAUCCUCAACAACCCCAGCACCUACGAGAUCAUCAACCCCGCCGACUUCGGCAUGACCCGUUACGUCCACUUCGCUUCCCGUCUUACUGGCUGGAACGCCAUCAAGUCUCGUGCUCAGCAGCUCAAGCUUGAGAUGACCGAUGCUCAAUACAAGGAGUGCACUGCCAAGAUCAAGGCCAUGGCUGACAUUCGUCCCAUCGCUGUCGAUGACGCCGACAGCAUCAUCCGUGCUUACCACCGCAACCUCAAGUCUGGCGAGAACAAGCCCCUUCUCGACCUGACUGCUGAGGAGCAGGAGGCCUUCGCCGCCAAGGAGAAGGAGCUCCUUGAGGCCCAGGCUGCCGGUAUCGCCGCAUAG